AUGCAGAAUCUCAAGGCUACCCUUCCUGCGUCGGGCCAUGUCGACAGUGAGUUGGGUGGAGUCAGUCGUCACGGAUACAACAGCCCUCUCAUGGUUCUGCCAUCUGGUCAAACAGUUCCACUCACCAACUUCUAUGGUCAACCCCAAACUUCAACCGGAGAUACCGGACCUCAGCUCCCCUACAUUCCCACUGGAAUGUUUCCCAACUUCAUUGGAAGCACGAGCAUGGGUGGUGCUGCUAUGCCGGGUUAUGGAUGGCCAUAUGCAAUGUCUCCAAAUGUCACUGGGUUUGAUGCAGCUCGUCGAGGCUCAUGGUCCUCUAACGAGGAGAAUGCUCCUGCUAGUCAGGCGGUUGCUCUCCAAGGCCAGUCAGAUUACUAUACUGGCUUUCCCUACAUGCCAACGGCCGCCACCAGCCAACACUACAUUCCGGGCCCCAUUCAACCCAUGAAAUGUCAAGACAACAAGUCGUACGAAAUGGUCAAUCUUGACGAGCUAGUCUCCCAUGAUCCGCCCAUCCCCCGUGCUGUGCCUGCUUUGUGGACCAACCAGGAGGACCUCAGCCUUGCCAAAUGUCUUCAGAACCCUGAAGGCAUCACUAACGUUUACAUUCGAGGCUUUAUGCCCGACACCACCGAUGAAGAUCUCGAACGCUGGGCGUCUCGAUUCGGUGAGAUUGAAUCAUGCAAGGCCAUCAUCGAACAGGAUACUGGAAAGUGCAAAGGCUUUGGAUUUGUCAUGUACUACUCACCAGCUGCCGCUGAGAACUGCAUCAGAGGGUUUUUCCAUCUUGGAUUCCAAGCCAGCUAUGCUCAGAAAUCUCGCAACUCUCGUCUCAAAGACCUCGAAGACAGGAACUCGACCAACAUCUACUGCACAGGGGUACCCAUUGAUUGGAACGAAUCGGACCUUGCCAAGCACUUCUUACCUUUUCAUGCUGUUUCCACCAAAAUUUGCCGUGAUGUCCCGUCGGGAGUCAGCAAAGAGGUUGGAUUCGCCCGGUAUUUCGAGAGUCGUGAGAUUGCGGAGCGUGUCAUCAAAGAGUACCAUUCUGUCCUGACCGAACACGACGGUGUCAAGCUAUUCCUCCGCUUUGCCGACACUAAAGCUCAGAAGCAGCUCAAACAGCAAAGUCAGGAACGCCGCAACUGGCGCAGCCGGGAAUACAGUUAUUCGGUCGAGCACACUCCAUCUCCCACUCUGACACGUCUUCAGAACAUGAAUAACCACAUCAGCCCAAGCGGAAGCUACCAGUCACCUGCUGGAACUAGCAAUGCUUUCACCCCAGCGACGUCAGUCUCUCCGGCUGAAAUGCCUGCCGUCAACAAGAGUGUGAACGUUGUUCGCGGCUCAGCAUGGCCAAUGCAAGGCGGACUCCAGUCCAUUACCAACACCACGACCCUUCGAACCAAUGUUCCGGCAACACCGGCUUCUCAUUCAUACAUCGAGAUACCUCCAAAGUCUGCGGCUAUUGUUCCAAUCGUCCCCGACGUGCGUGAAACCUCCAAGAAGACCAAAACUCCGAGCCCGAAGAAGGUCACCAUCCAGGUGGAACCAGCCAGCGGCAAGGAGAACGUCACCGGCAGUUCACAGUCCGCCAACUGA